CAUCCAUCUUACAUUUCUAUGCAGUUGAUAUGGAUGAUUUUUUCCUCAAAUAUCUGUAUAAAUUGCUAGUGUGUGUAGGCAGUCAGUAUCAGUUUCAAGUGAAAACUCAUCGAACUGCUACUCUAACUUACAAUGGCAACAACACCAACAACCAUAAUUGUGUUCACGGAAGAUCCAGUGAAUUUACCGAUAAAUGACCUCUUGUUGGUCAUAAAGGAAUUAUUUCAAUACGGUGUCAGAGAGAUUAAGGCCAGUGGUGACAAAAUAUUUGUUAAAUUGACCUACUCCCCAAGAGCAGCGACGUUAAAGCGGAAAUUCGGCUUGCUGCCUAUCAAAUAUCUUCGAACUAAAUUGGAUAAAGAUGCAGAAUUCCAAGUAUUAGAACGAAUAGUUAAAAAAUAUAGAUUUAAUUUAUUAGACGAGCAGUUAGAAGAUAUUAAUAGGCAGCAAGCGAUAAAGGAUCGACCAGGGACAAGUGGUGGUGGUGGUGGUGGUGGUGAUGGUGGUGGAAGUAUGCAGAAGAAGAGAAAAUUGUAUCUAGAGCCACCUGUCCUGCAACAUGUGGAAGAGGAUGAGGAUGAUGAGGAGGAGAAGGAGGAAGAGCAUGAGGAGCAGCCCAGGCAGAUGCAUACGGUUGGUGCAACACCAUCAUCAGCAGCAGCAGCAGCAUCAACCUCAACUGGUAGACGUGGUGGUGAUGGUGGUGGUGGUGAUAAUGAUGAUGAUGACAUCUUGUUAUUAUCACAAAAUAUAUUUUGAAUAAAAAACUGAUUUCUUCACAACUAA